UCGAUCCGACGUCGACCACGGUGGCGACACUUUAGUGCACGGCAGGCGACACGCACACCUCUUUUUCCUCUCGUUCGGUUUUUAUUUUGAUAUAAUUUCUCGUCUGAAAUUUUCCCUUCUAAUCUGUCUUCUCUGUCGGAAUUUCGCGAGUAUUUAAGCAGUAGUAGGCUGUGAAUGGAAAUUCGUUGAAACCUUCGCGAGUGGAAGGUUACCAACUAUCUUCAGUUCAGGAUGAGUACGGCCACCUAAGCAAGCCAGUGUUUGUUGCUGGGAUCGAGAUCUAGAGUUGUCACUCGACAGUGCGUGCAAAGGAAACUAGGAAAGAACAAACUCCAACACAGUAGUCUUCUACCCUGAUGGUGUUCAUCCAAUGUGUGCUGUGAUUAAUGUGUCUAGACUGUGAAGUUUUUUAAGUUUUCGGUAGAGUUUUGUUCAGUUGUUAACGUUACUAGUAGCCUUAUGUGAUUAGUCUGAAUUUGCUGUGUCGUUGAGCCCCGGAUCGCUUGAAGAGUGGAAAAUUCCCGGACAGAGAAUCCAAGUUUUUCUUCAAGGAUUUUCCCAUUUUCGCAUUGAUCCUUGCCAGUGUCAGUGGUUGAUUUAUUGUGUCAGAUAUCGAGAAAAUUCCUGCCGAACGUCCAGAAACGAGAAGUUUAUCAUGGAUAGCAAAUCUUCAAUCAAAGGGCCUUUUCUGACACAGCAACAGGAAGAUUUCCACCCGUUCAUCGAAGCUCUGUUGCCUUACGUUAAGUCGUUCAGUUACACUUGGUUCAACCUGCAGGCGGCAAAGCGGCGGUACCUCAAGAAGCAUGAGAAAAAGAUGACCCACAACGAGGAGAACAAGUGCAAGCGGGAUUUUCAGAAUGAAAACCCGGAAACCAAGCAAAAGUGGGCCGCCCGUCUGCUGGGGAAACUGCGCAAGGACAUCACCCACGAAAGCCGGGAGAACUUUGUCCACUGCAUCUCGAAGAAGAAGUCCUCCAUGUGCAUCCUGUCCAAUCCGGACCAGAAGGGCAAGAUGCGCCGAAUAGAUUGCCUCCGGCAGGCGGACAAGGUUUGGCGGCUGGAUUUGGUGAUGGUAAUUCUGUUCAAGGCGAUCCCCCUGGAAAGCACCGACGGCGAACGGCUCGAGAAGGCCUGCUUCUGCACCAGUCCCAGUCUGUGCAUCAAUCCGUACCACAUACAAGUAUUAAUUAAGGAAUUGGAUCUCUAUCUGGCCAACUUCAUCCGAUGUUUCAGCGAUGAGGAGAACCAAGGUGAAAAAUCGCACAACAGUUCACGGAAAUUUUCCAAAGGGAGCAGUAAGGCCUUCUCGUACGAUUUCAUCGCACCGACGGGCGUCUUUACCUCGUCCGAGCUGUGGAGCAUUACGCAAGGUGGUAUUUCUUUCGUUUCAGCUUAUAGUUAUAUUGCACAGUUUAUUCUACCUACUGAAAAUGCUGACUUUUUUUUAUAUAAAUGAGACUGAUGGGCUUUCAUAUGUCAUAUAAAAACAUAGCAUAACUCUCUUCUUUGCAAUGUUUAGGUUUCUUUUUUGCAGGUUCAAUACGUAUCCAUAACGAAUUGCAAUUUUCACUUUUGUAAAGUAUAUUUUCAGGGUUUGUUCUUUAUUUUUCCAAUGAAAGUAUCGUUGCAGGGUUUUACCUUUUUUUAGAUACCCAUGGUUCGGACAACUUGUUCAUCCAAUGCUCUAGGAACACCUCACUUGUCCAAUUGGUGCUGC